AUGAGUACCGCUGGACAAGUUAUCAAAUGUACAGCCGCAGUUGCGUGGGGCCCCAAAGAGGACCUGAAAAUAGAAACUAUCGAGGUUGCACCACCAAAAGCCAAUGAAGUCCGUAUCAAGAUCCUGUUCACGGCAGUUUGCCAUACGGAUGCUUACACCCUGAGUGGUCAAGAUCCAGAGGGACUGUUUCCUGUUGUUCUAGGACAUGAAGGUGCUGGUAUUGUAGAAAGUGUGGGUGAGGGUGUCACUCAUGUCAAAGCAGGUGACCAUGUUAUUCCUUUGUAUGUGCCCCAAUGUGGGGAAUGCAAAUUCUGCAAGAACCCAAAUACAAAUUUGUGCCAAAAGAUCAGGGUUUCUCAGGGACAGGGUGUAAUGCCUGAUGGCACUUCCAGAUUCUCUUGUAAUGGAAAAAUGUUACAUCAUUUUAUGGGGUGCUCCACAUUUAGUGAAUACACUGUUGUUGCGGACAUAUCAGUAACAAAAAUCAAUCCAACUGCUCCUUUGGACAAAGUGUCCCUUUUGGGUUGCGGAGUGCCGACAGGUUACGGGGCAGCCCUUAACACCGCUAAAGUGCAAAAGGGCAGUUCUUGUGCCGUAUGGGGCUUGGGGGCCGUAGGAUUGGCGGUGGGGUUGGGAUGUCAGGCUGCCGGCGCUACCAGGAUUAUCGGUGUGGAUUUGAACCCGAACAAGUUCGAAACAGCAAAAAAAUUCGGCUUCACCGAAUUCGUCAACCCCAAAGACUACGAGAAGCCUAUCCAAGAGGUCCUCAUCGAACUAACAGACGGCGGCCUGGACUUCACUUUCGAGUGCGUGGGAAACGUGCACACGAUGCGCUGCGCCUUGGAGGCGUGUCACAAAGGGUGGGGCGUGUCCACCAUAGUGGGCGUGGCGGGGGCGGGGCAGGAGAUCAGCACCAGGCCGUUCCAAUUGGUGACUGGGCGGGUGUGGAAGGGGACCGCCUUCGGAGGGUGGAAAAGUCGUGAAAGUGUUCCGAAACUAGUAGACGAUUAUCUGAACAAAAAACUGAAAUUGGAUGAAUUUGUCUCCCAUUCACUUAAAUUCGAUCAGAUAAAUGAGGCUUUUCAUUUGAUGCACAAAGGAGAAAGCAUUCGUACUGUCUUAAGUUUCUGA